ACGCGGAGUGCCCGGAGCCACGCCCAAACCAAUCUCCCAGUUUUUUUUCCUCUCUCUCUCCAUCUUCACCUCCCAUGGAUCCCGACACCGAAGUCCAACUCGACCUCGCCCCCUUCAUCCGCAUCUACAAGAGCGGCCGCAUCGAACGCCUCGUCGGCACUGACGUCGUCCCCGCCUCCGUCGACCCCGCCACCGGCGUCACCUCCAAAGACGUCACCAUCGACCCAUCCACCGGCGUCUCCGCCCGCCUCUACCUCCCCACCACCACCAACAAAACCAAGCUCCCCGUCCUCAUCUACAUCCACGGCGGCGGCUUCGUCAUCGAGACCGCCUUCUCCCCCACCUACCACAACUACCUCAACUCCCUCGUCUCCCAAGCCCAGAUCCUCGCCGUCUCCGUCGACUAUCGCCGCGUCCCGGAGCACCCGCUCCCUGCCGCGUACGACGACGUCUUGGCCGCCGCCAAGUGGGUCGCCUCCCACGCCGCUGGAAGCGGCGGCCCCGAGCCUUGGCUCUCCGAGCACGGCGACCUCAACCGCGUCUUCUUGGCCGGCGACAGCGCCGGCGCCAAUAUUGCCCACAACGUGACGCUGCGCGCCGGGAAGACAGAUCUCGGAUCUGGGAUGCGGAUCAAAGGAUUGCUUUUAGUCCAUCCGUUCUUCUGGGGGUCGAAGCCGGUGGGAUCGGAGAGCACGGACCCGGAGCCGAGGAGGAGGACGGAGGAGUUGUGGGGAUUCGCGUGCCCGGGGACGACCGGGGCCGACGACCCUUGGAUUAAUCCGCUGGCGGAGGGGGGGCCGGGGUUGGAGGGUUUGCCGUGCGAGCGGGUGCUGGUGACGGUGGCGGAGAAAGAUUUUAUCAGGGAGAGGGGGAGGGCGUACUACGAGGGGUUGAAGGGGAGCGGGUGGGGAGGGGAGGCGGAGCUGCUGGAGUCGGAGGGGAUGGGCCAUGUGUUCCAUCUCCUGGACCCCACCAGCGAGAAGGCCGUGGCCAAGAUGGAGCGCGUGGUUGCUUUCUUGAACUGCGCGUGAUUUGUCGCACCAGGGUCCCGAAACUGAUGUGGCCUGCAGAACUCUGGAAUAUUAUUGGCUGGACUUAUGCUCUUGGUGUUUAUGCUCUUGGAAUGGGGUGACGAGAGAAGACUGGUUCGAUUAGGUUGAAAAUUCAGCCAUUGAAAUGUAUUGGUCCAUUUGUAAUCUGCUGGGUGGCCCUUUGUUUAUAUAUGUUGGAAAAUAAAGUGACAUGCAAAUAUUUGCAAUAAUUUUAAAUA